CCCAACUUCCUUGGUGUCCGGAAGCUUCUUCACUUGGCUUCCCGUUUCUUUCAGAGCCUUCAAGUGGUGCAAGCGAGUGCGUUAAAACAGCAUCCGCACACCUUCUCCUGUUUCUGCUCUCCUGUACCUACGUGAAGUCCAACGCAGUCGUCGAUUGCUGCAAGACGAAACAUGUCCGCGAUUUGGUCGACGAGCUUCACAUGAAAGCCCGGGACCUCCUAACCUUAUUCCUGUCUCUCCAGGGGCCUCCAUUCAGCUCCAACACCAACCAGCUGUGCAGGGUGUCCAUGCUCUGUCUUCCCAAGAACCUCCUACACCCGGAACUCGAGGAAGCUCUUCUGGAAAUCCAUGCUGCCAUCGACUUCUUCGACCGGCAAUUGGGGAACGUCAGGGAACAGCAACAGAAGCUGAACGCCCGGAGCAAGCUGCUGACGGACAAACUGACGGCUAACAUGAACAUGCUCACGUCAUUAAGGACCCACUUCCCACCCGCACCCACCGUCUUGGAUGGGCCGGAGGGCAGCAGCCCCGAAGUGGAUUGCGAGCCGUGGAUACACGGAUACUCAAGGAAGAAGUUCCAGGAGAAGAGGAGGGAAUGCGCCAUCUUGCAGGCGUUUGAGAAUUAUGUGAAGGGAGUGUCGAUUCACUUCCAACACUCGUACUCUAGACAUUGCCACGGAAAGUGACGACGUUUAGCUGCUCAAUGUUAUUCCCAAGUUUCAGAUUACGAGCCGGAUCAAGACUGGAGUAGGUGAACGGCCUGUUUCUGAGCUGUACUUCCUCGGGAUCUAAACUCAACAC